UUAAGUUUAGGAUGUGUUUGUGUAACUGUCUAUAUGGACUUCUGUUAAGUUUAGGAUGUGUCUCUGUAACUGUCUGUAUGGACUUCUGUUAAGUUUAGGAUGUGUCUGCGUAACUGUCUGUACGGACUUUUGUCAAUUUAGAAUGUGUCUGCGUAACUGUCUGUACGGACUUUUGUCAAUUUAGAAUGUGUCUGCGUAACUGUCUGUAUGAACUUCUGUUAAGUUUAGGAUGUGUCUGUGUAACUGUCUGUAUGAACUUCUGUUAAGUUUAGAAUGAAUCUGUACAAUUGUCUGAAUGGCACAAUGAAGAGCCUCCACUAAUUCGGCCCUGAACGCCAUGCAUACAGUAUGUCAAAAUUUGUGGCACUUCACCUAAAGAUAUGAGUGAAAAAAUCUUGACUGGGGCAUAAAACGUUAUAUAAUAUAAUUCAGCACAUGAUGUAGAAAUCCAUUCUGCUGAAAUUAUAGUAAGACUUUCAUCAUAAAUUGAAGGAAUUAUAAAAAAAAAUAGCAUGACUAAAGGAGAAAAGAAUUUAUUUUGCUUUUAUGCAUAGAGUGGGUGUAUUUAUCAGACUGACUUAGUAAAUAAGACAAUAAAACAUUAGAUAUAUGCCCUUUUAUUAAAUACAUCAUACACAAAUAUGAAUAGUGUUACCCUUCGUUCUUCAAUGAAAACAUUUUCAUUGGUCAUAGUCUAUAGAAGUGAUAUGUCAUCACAGCUUCUCCUUCUUGCAUGAUAUCAGUUUUGAUUUACGUUUCUACGUCAAUUACUGAACGCAGUAAAUUCACAAAGCUGCCAAACAUUCGUAAGACUGUGGCACGAGGUCACUCCAAAGAGCGGCGGAACGUAAAUAUCGAAAUAAAACAUACAUUUCCCAAAAGGAAAUUUGUACAUAAUCAAUUACGAAAAUCAACCGAUGCAAUCACAAACACACAACAUGUUAUAUGAACCGAUGAUAAUGGCGCCUACGAUUCUAGAUGGCAUUAUCCUAAAAAUUCCAUGGUACUCAUUUUGUCACAUUUUAUAAUUGGUGGAUUAACGCAAUGAGCCUGCGUGAUUUUCCCCCCUAAAAUGCUUCAACCUUUCAAAUAGCUCUUCUUUGUUUCUCCAAGCAUUUAAAGAGUGGCACAGUUGAGGUGAGUCAAGUGGUCUGUUUACAAAUUCUCUAUCAUGGUACAUGCAGCCUAUACUAAACAAUUAUUAUUAUUAUUUUAUUCAUUUAUAAAGCGCAAAAUUACAUAUACAUGUAGUUUCUAUGCUCUGUACAAUGUUUGUGCUAAUAAUCAAUGAUAAUGUACUAAUAAAAGACCUGCAAGAGCUAUAAAGGAAAUGAUAAAACAAUAGAAAGAAUUUAAAUAAAACUUGGUAGUAAAAUGACAAAGUGGUUGACUUUGACUUGACAAGAUACAAUUGGCAUGGACUUAGCCGAGGUUUAUCUAUGUCAAACUGUUUUUACAUUCUAUUGUGCUAUAACCCGGGAAAGGAUUGCAGAAAAACUGAACACCGUACACAUUCUACAUGUUCCGCUGUUGUAUAGCUUCCAGUAAAUCUAGUCCCGUGUGGAUCCGGGUUAGAAUGGUCCUCAGUACCCAUUGCUUAUCGUAAGAGGCGAUUAAAUGGGGCGGUCCUUCGGAUGGGACCAUAAAAAACAAGACUCCUUGUCACAGCAAGUGUGGCACGAUAAAGAUCUCUCCCUGCUCAAAGGCCACACUAGCAGAGGUAUAAAUUUUGCAGCCCCUCACCGGCAGUGGUGACGUCUCCAUAUGAAUGAAAAAAUCUCGUUAAACAAUAUCCAGUAAAUCUAUCGACGUUCGUAAGACUUGUCUUUGUGACCUGGGGCUUAUCAACAUUUUAUAAAUUUACUACAGUGGCUGUACAUUCCCCACAGAAUCACCAUCGCAGUGGAAUAGAAAUGAUUAUCUCGUUGUAGAAUAACUCUCUAUAGGAAAACCUGGCGGCCGUUUCACUAAUCCGGUUCAGUUUUUAUUAUCUCCACUUCUAGGGUUGCUAGUAGUAUCCAACAAGUUCAUUAUUUCUUAAAUAUAGGUCAAAAAGUAAUCAUGAAAUGUUGAUUACAUUACUGGUAAUGUUUGAAAAGUGUUUUUGUAAUUGAAGAUUUCAGCAAGUUUUCGUGUCUUAGGGUAACCAAGGUGGAACGUCCCGGAAUGACCAGGGCUGCUGAUUGGAAUGCGAUAUAGAAGAAUCACGGUACGUGGGGCCGGUCUACAGGGGAUCUCCAGCACGCAGUAACAGUUUGACAACGUCAGAGAUACCCAUUUGGUCACAUUAACUCUGUUUGCACAAAGAUUGUCGAUUGACAUAGGUAAGCAGCUAUCAAAACUGGACUUGCUUCGUGAGCGUGAAUGGAAUACAUAAGGAUUUUUAUCAAUUCAUAGACUCUUCACAUCAAUUGAUUUGUCAGUAACAGAAUUGACUAACAGGAGCAGUCUCGCUUCAUUUUGACGAGGAAUCCACACGAACCCCCUUGGCUACUCGUAUAUUUUUUCGGAUGGUAUAAUUCUCGGUGCACGCAUUGCUAGUGAUGUGUUACCAGAUAUAAAUGAUCUGCUGCGAUGGGAUUUUCAAUAGUGACUCGAUAUUGCCAAUUAGGUAUUUUCACGUGUUCUCCUGUACGUUUACCUACAUGUCUAUUUAGCAACACGUCGCAUAUGCCGGAAUUAAUCUAUUCAGACUUGUGAUCGAAUAUCAUCAUUUGUUAUAUAUUUCUCAAUGAUUUAAAAGUUGGCAUAAAUGGCUGACGAUCAUCGUCGAAGAGACAAUCUCAUAAUGACGUUUUCAGACGAUUUCUACGACGAGUACACACUUUUGGAAGCGGUUUUGGAAUAUGAUUUUGAAGCAAUUCAAAAUAUACUUGAUGAUACUCCUACAGACGAGGAAUUGAACGAAAGAGAUCAAACUGGUAAGACGGCUCUCUGUCACGUGUGUACGUCUGGAAUACUUCCUAUUGUGCAGCUACUGUCUGAAAUCCCAGAAGUGGAUGUAAAUCUAGGCGACAAGGAAGGAAAUACGCCUCUCAUCUUUGCUGCUCAAGCAGGCUACCGAGAGAUUGUACGAGUUCUCCUGCAUGAAUUCAGGAAAAUCAGGGUGGAUCACAAAAACAAGGCGGGUUUCACGGCAUUAAUGAAAGCUGCGCUGCAGGGCAGGACAUCUUGUGCUAAACUUCUCCUUUAUGCAGGAGCAAAUCCUAAACUACGUGACAAUGGGAGACAACUUUGUGCAGAGGAAUGGGCUCGGUUUACUGGUAGACAUGAAUGCGCUGACGAAAUAGCAAAGUUUACCAAAACAAAGCGAUUCCUAUUUAACAGAUCCAGCAAGAAAGUGUAUGUCAGGUCUAGUAGUGUUCCGGAUUUAACGGCUGCGGGGGACAAAGCCAAAGAGUACACGGGUCCGACUCGACAGAAGUCCAGGUCUUUCCGGAAGAAAAUCAAGAGAAUGAUUCAUGGCUCUUCAAAUACAAACACAAAUUAUAGCAAUCAUUUGACACAGGAGAGCAAUCCAUUUGCUAUUGUUGCAAGAUGUGUAUCAACGCCAGCUCUCUCCGGUGCGCUUCCAGACGGGGAUUUAAUUGUGAAGAGACACAGAAGUAUCGACAACAUCCCAAAAGUGGAAGUGACGUCACCAGUAUCUACUAAAGAAACAUGACUGGUUCUCAUUUCAUACACAUUUGUAAUCAUAUUGAAUACUCUGAGUAUUUUUUUCACAUUCAGUUGCUCUACUUGCAUUCGCGGAUUACUUAUUAAAAAAAUUCAAAUAUUUCUAAGCUUUCUUCAGCGCAUAGCUGAAUGUUAAAGAUUAUAAUGAAAAGGAUAAUUUCAUAGAUAUGGCUCGAUGCAUGUGGAAGGGAGUCGGGGGUAUAGACAAUCAGUAUUUAUUAUUUGUAAAUUGCACAGUCCCUUUUAUUUUUUAAAUCGAACAUACACACAUACAUCAAAUAGCAGAGACUCUAAAAACGGUUUUGACUCAGACUAUUUAUUUAGUCUUUUUAAGUGACCUACUCUCAGGUGACCUACUGCAAUUGAUCAGCGUCCUUCGUCGUGCGUUAACGAUUGAACAUUUUAACUUCUUUUCAAUUAACUUUCUUUUUUCAAAUUUCGUAUGAAGCAUCUUUGGGACAAGCGGAAUAUAGAUUGUAAAUUUCAGGACACUUGGUUUUAGGAGCGGGGCAAAUUUGACCAAUCUGUAAGAAAAACUAAAUGUAUAGUCAUGUAGAGCAGGAAGGCGUCUACCAAAAAAAAAAAAAAAAAAGGCGAUGUCAAACUUGCUAUACAGCUGUAUAGUGUUUAUGUGUAAAAUAUUUAAAUGACAUCUUCUUUAGUACUAUUUAUAAUAAAUGAAACUAUAUGGGUAUUUUGAAUGAGCAGGUAGUCCUUUACCAAAUUUGUAAAUUCCAUGUUCCCAGAAGUAGAGGUUUUUGGUAUCAUCAGGGUACGGUCAGUGAUUCAAUGCGUUAACGAUGAAACAUUUUUUUAAUUUCUUGAUAACCACCUUUCCAAUUCUUUUCAAAUUUGGUAUGAAGCAUCUUUGGGACAAAGGGUCAGAAAAUGUAAAUUUCAUGAAUAACUUGAGGGAAGGGACAAAAACUACCAAAAAGCGACCAAUAUUCAAAAAUCUUCUCCAUGUUCUCUGUAACCACACAUGUUGAGCAGGAAAGCCUCUACCAAAAUUGUAAAUUAUUUGAUCCCCGGGGUAGAGGUUCUGACUGCAGGGUGGUGCCAAACAUGGUAUAUAUAGGUAUAUGUGUAAAACAUUUGAAUAAUAUAUUCUUUAAGGCUAAUGAUACUAAAUUGCAACUAAAUAGAUAUAUAGAAGGAGUAGGUAGUCCUAUACCAAAAUUGUAAAUUUCAUGAAAGCUAAAAAAGGGUGUACAAAAAUUGUGAACUUCGCAACCCCAAGGUUUUAUUUCUAGGUUUCAUAGCCCUUGGGACUAGCGAUACUUUUAACUAAUACUCAGGUGACGGAUAAGGCCUGUGGGACUCUUGUAUUUACAUUGUACAUUUUUCAUUUUAUUCAAUAUUUUACUCAGAAAUACCUAAUCAGCCCUCGACUCCUCUUCAUGAAUGAACAUGAAAAUGUUUAAUGUUAGGGUUUGAUAAGACUUCUUUAUUAUAUAUACAGCUGUAUAAUUAUGUUUUAAAUUGCUAACUUGGUUUUAAUGUUGUUUUCUUCUGACCUUUGUGUAGUUCAUUUUUAUAAUGUAUACGUUACAUACCCUGUAGAUAUAAUGUACUUGGUACAAAUACUUAAUAAAUAUAAUCCUUUAUUCAUUUUG